AUGCAGCACCACCGCAAACCACAGCGCCAUCGCAAUAACAUACCACAGCAGCACACGACCCAUGGCACCAUCCUUCACGGCCCAUUCCUCCCACGGCAGCACUCGGAUCUCCACGGAUCGGACUCGGACUCGACUUGCCUUGCGCUCUUAGGAUCCUCGACUCUCGCCCGUUUCACCCGUUUCGAUCUCUCCAAGGCGCCCAUUCCCAUGCAACAUCCUCACCACCAGAUGCGCCAUUGA